GCCGCCCGCGCCGCGCCCGGCCCGUGAAGCCCAGGGACCCCUGCGGGAGACCCUCAUGAGGGCAGGAGAGUGAUGGAGAGUAUGCCCAGCUUCCUGAAGGACACCCCGGCCUGGGAGAAGACAGCCACUGAGAACGGCAUCGUGGGACAGGAGCCGGGGACCCCACUGCAGAAUGGGCUGCACCAUGGUGCACUGUGCCUGGGAGAGCCCACUCCCUUCUGGAGGGGCGUCCUAAGCAACUCAGACUCCUGGCUCCCCCCUGGUUUUCCCCAAGGCCCCAAGGACACGCUCUCACUGGUGGAGGGCGAGGGCCCCAGAAAUGGAGAGAGGAAGGUCAACUGGCUGGGCAACAAGGAAGGACUGCGUUGGAAGGAGGCGAUGCUGGCCCAUCCACUGGCUUUCUGUGGGCCAGCGUGCCCACCUCGCUAUGGCCCCCUGAUUCCUGAGCAUGGUAGUGGCCAUCCCAAGGGUGACCCUGUGGCCUUCCGGCCUGUGCACUGCCCUUUCCUGCUGGAGAGCAAGAUCCUGGAGCGAGCCCCAUUCUGGGUGCCCACCUACUUGCCACCCUAUCUGGUGUCUGGCCUGCCCCCAGAACGUCCUUGUGACUGGCCCUUGGCCCCGCACCCCUGGGUGUACACUGGAGGCCAGCCCAAAGUGCCCCCUGCCUUCAGCUUAGGCAGCAAGAGCCUCUACUACAAGGAUCCUAGCACUCUCAGGCUGGCAAAGGAGCCCUUGGCAGCGUCAGAGCCUGGGUUGCUGGGCUUGGCCCCUGGUGGGCACCUCCAGAGAGCCUGGGAGGCAGAUGGCUCUUCGCUCCACCGGAGGGAUGGGGAGACGGGAGCUGGCAGGCAACAGAAUCGGUGUCCACUUUUCUUGGGGCACGCAGAUGCUGUUCCCCAGCCCCCCUGGCCUGCCUGUCCUCCAGGCCUAAUUCCUUCUCUCGGCAACGUCUGGGCUGUGCCUGGUAGUGGCAGCCUUGGGUGCCAGUUGGGACCACCAGCCACACCUAGGUGCCCCUCUCCUGGGCCUCCGACCCCCCAGGGGGGUUGUUGCUCCUCCCAUCCCACCACCAGAGAGGGAGAUGUUGGUCCUUGUGGGAAGUGCCAGGAAGGCCUGGAGGGGGGUGCCAGCAGGCCCAGUGAACCCAAUGGGGAGGUGAACAAGGCCUCUGGGCCCGGGGUCUGUCCCCCAAGUUACCACACCAAGCUGAAGAAGACAUGGCUCACACGACACUCGGAGCAGUUUGGGUGCCCAGAAGGCUGCCUAGGAAAUGAGGAGAGCUCAACUGUUGGGCUCAGGGCCCGGAAGAGGGCUGGCAGUCCCGACAUCCAGGGGGCAUUGGGUGCCCCAGCCCCCAAGCGGCAACCUCACCCUUUCUCAAGCACUGCAGGGAAGGGGACCAAGGCUUGGCAAGAGAUGAUGGACACAUCCACAGGAAGCGGGGCGGAGACAGAGGAGCAGAAGGAGCUGAGAGGACCCCGGGGUGGCAGGGCCAGCCUUCAGGACCCAUCUUGCCUGGCUGUCUCCGCAGACAUCACUCCAUGCCAAAGCUGUACCCCGGCAGCUGGAGAGGUGGGAGGCUUGUCUGGCACCUCAGGACGGGAGCAGACUUGGAGAUUGCCUCUGGGAGGGGAACAACUGCAAGAGGAAGACUCCCCAGCCAGCUCUGAGGAGGGAGGAGGGUCUGGCCCCGAGGCCCAGCUCAGCCAGGGCCUUGCCAAGCACCUGCUGAAUGGUUUGGGGGACCGACUAUGCCGCCUGCUGCGGAGGGAGCGCGAGGCCCUGGCCUGGGCACAGCGGGAAGCAGGCCAGGGGCCAGCUGUGACAGAGGACAGCCCGGGCAUUCCACGCUCUUGCAGCCGUUGCCACCAUGGCCUCUUCAACACCCACUGGAGAUGCCCUCGUUGCAGCCACCGAUUGUGUGUGGCCUGUGGUCGCAUGACUGGCGCAGGGAGGGCCAGAGAAAAAGGAGGCUCUCGAGAGCAGUCCGCACAGGAGUGUGCCCAGGAGGCUGGGCAUGCUGCCUGUUCCCUGAUGCUAACCCAGUUUGUCUCCAGCCAGGUGCUGGCAGAAUUGAGCACAACAAUGCACCAAGUGUGGGUCAAGUUUGACAUCCGAGGGCACUGUCUCUGCCAAGCCGAUGCCUGGGUAUGGGCCCCUGGGGAUGCAGGCCAGCAGAAGGAGCCCACAGAGAAAACACCUCCAACUUCACAACCUUCCUGCAACGGGGACUCCAGCAGGACCAAGGACAUCAAAGAGGAGACCCCAGACUCCACUGAGACCCCCACGGAGAACGGUGGCAGCCAAGCACCCCUGCCUUGUCCCUCUCUCUGUGAACUGUUGGCCUCUACCGCCGUUAAACUCUGCCUGGGGCAUGAGCGAAUCCACAUGGCCUUUGCUCCUGUCACUCCAGCCUUGCCCAGUGACGACCGAAUCACCAACAUCCUAGACAAUAUCAUCGCGCAGGUUGUGGAACGGAAGAUCCAGGAGAAAGCCCUGGGGCCAAGCCUCCGAACAGGGCCAGGCCUGCGGAAAGGCCUGAGCCUGCCUCUGUCACCGGUGCGGCCACGGCUGCCUCCUUCUGGGGCCUUGCUGUGGCUGCAGGAGCCCAGGCCUCGGUGGCGGGGUUUUCACCUCUUCCAGGAGCACUGGCGGCAGGGCCAGCCCGUGUUGGUGUCAGGGAUCCACCGGACACUGCGAGAAAGCCUGUGGCAGAUGGACACUCUGGGGACACUUGGAGGCCAGGUGCAGGCGGUGGCAGCCCUUGGGCCUCCCAAGUCGACAAGCCUGAGCAGCACAGCAUUCUGGGAAGGAUUCUCCCAGCCUGAGAGUCGGCCAAAGUCAGAAGAGGGCUCUGUUCUGCUACUGCACCGAGCUCUGGGCGAUGAGGAUGCCAGCAGAGUAGAGAGCCUGGCUUCCAGCCUGCCACUCCCGGAGUACUGUGCGCCCCAUGGAAAACUCAACCUGGCUUCCUACCUCCCUCCGGGCCUCGCUCUAUGUCCGCUGGAGCCCCAGCUCUGCGCAGCCUACGGUGUGAGCCCACACCGUGGACACCUGGGGACCAAGAACCUGUGUGUGGAAGUGGCUGACCUGGUCAGCAUCCUGGUGCACGCAGAACCGCCACUGCCUGCCUUGCACCGGGUUCAGAAAGAUUUCCUCUCAGGCCCGGAUGGGGAGGGACUCUGGUCUCCAGGCAGCCAGGUCAGCACAGUGUGGCAUGUGUUCCGGGCACAGGAUGCCCAGCGCAUCCGCCGCUUUCUCCAGAUGGUGUGUCCCACUGGAGCAAGGACCUUGGAGCCUGGUGCCCCAGGUAGCUGCUACCUGGAUGCAGGACUGCGCAGGCGCCUGCGUGAGGAGUGGGGCGUAAGCUGCUGGACCGUGCUGCAGGCCCCUGGAGAAGCUGUGCUGGUGCCCGCAGGGGCGCCUCACCAGGUGCAGGGCCUAGUGAGUACAAUCAGCGUCACCAAACACUUCCUGUCCCCCGAGACCUCGGCCCUUUCUGCUCAGCUCUGCCACCAGGGACCCAGCCUGCCCCCUGACCACCGCCAGCUCUAUGCCCAGAUGGACUGGGCUGUGUUCCAAGCAGUGAAGAUGGCUGUGGGAACCCUACAGGAGGCUAAGAAGGGGAUCCCCAGGGUGUGAGAGAGGAGCAGUGGGCAGGUAGACCAGGCGCACGGCCCAGGCAUAGCUCAGUAGGGAAUGGCCCAGGGAGACCCAGCCACUUAGGUCAAUCCCCUAAAUACCACUCUAGGCACAAACAGGGGUGUCCUCAUUCCUUGGCCCUAAAACCUACAACUACAGUGCCACCAAAGCUCAUACCUGCCCUUUGCAGGCUGGCACCUGCUCUCUGUGGUACCAUACUCAUAUUAGGGAUAAAUAGAUCUCCUUCAACUCCUGUGCUCCAAGCCAGGAGACACAUAGCUCUUCCUUAGGUGACUUUGGGAAUUGUUCUGGCUUAAGCAAUACUUCCUUUUGCUGCCUCACCCGCCCCCACUGGCCUACCUGUGCCCUGAGCUUUUUAUACCACCCACAUCCUUGUUGGGUUCUGGGUAGCUGUUUGCACUGAAGGCCUGCUAUACCAGAGGCCACCCAAAUCCUGCCCUCACAGAGGGAUGAGAAGUGUGGAGAAGAGAUGCCAUCAGG